AUGGUCACUCUACCAUACCAUAUAACUAUCAACCAAGUGGGAUCGCAAACACCUAUCGCCUUUCACACAGAGACUUCCCCGGAAACUGAUGAUCCCGAGAAUGCCAGCAUAACAAUGCAGCAAUUAAUAGACGAAUACGCUCCUGAAUUCUCCCAAGAUGCCAAAGGGUCACUGUACAAACCAUUACUUCAUGGUAACUUACAAACAGCAUACACAGCAUUAAAUUUCGACAAUGUACAUCUCGUCCAUUUCCAUCGUCAUAUGUUACAUUACCAAGAUGGUGGUGUCGGCGCUCUCGAUAUCGCUGUAUCUCCUGAUGCGUUCCAUAAAGAGGUGGACCAUUCUUAUAUCCCUGAGACACAACAGCCGUUCCCUGAACCGUUUGACCAGUUUUAUUCAUACGUGCAACCUGAUCAUCCAUCAUUGUCUUCUGAUGAUGAGAAACCAAUGAUGAUUAUAUUGCAUGGUGUCACUGGUGGCUCAUGGGCAAGUUAUGGUAGACCUUUGAUCUUGGAAAUGAUGAGUAAGUAUGGGUUUGAAUGUUGUGUGUUGAAUAAUAGAGGUUGUAAUUAUUCAAAGAUUACAACUCCACAAUUGUAUAAUGGAGGUUGGACUAAUGAUGUUAGAUAUAUGGUUACGGAAUUGAGAGAUAUGUAUCCUAAUAGGAAGUUUUAUAUGGUGGGGUUCUCAUUGGGUGCAACUAUUUUAGUUAAUUAUUUGGGAGAAGAAGGUGAUAAGUCUGAUAUUGAAUGUGCUGUGGCAUUGGGGAAUCCAUGGGAUAUGGUUCACUCUACAUUUUUUGUCAAUCAUACAUUUGUUGGGUCUAGAAUUUAUGCUCCUACUGUUGCUAAAAAUUUAGCUAAAAUUUCCCAGAAUCAUUUGGGCGUUUUAAUUCGAGAUAAACGAUUGAAACCUAUUUAUGAAACUAAACUGUUUAAUUUUAAGAAUUUUGAAGAAUUUGAUGAUCAAUUAACUGCACCAAUGUUUGGAUAUAAUACAGCAAAUGAAUAUUAUAGAGAUGCAAGCUCAGUAAAUAGACUUAUGGGUGUGAGAACUCCAAUUUUAGCUUUGAAUUCUAUGGAUGACCCAGUUAUUGGAGCUGAUUUCCUUCCUGAAAAGGAAAUCAUUUUAAAUCCGUAUAUAUUAUUGUUAGAAACAAGUAUUGGUGGACAUGUUGCAUGGUUCAGUGACGCAUAUGGUAAUAGAUGGUACACUAAACCUAUCGGUAAAUAUCUAAAUGCAUUCCAUACACAAAUCACAAUGAAAGGCUUGAAACCAGAUUUAUCAAAUAUAAGCUUACCCAUCAACAACAGCAAACCAGUCAAGACAACAUAUAAUUUAUAG